UGGAUGUAAUUAUUUAGCUCGCCGACCAAUCCACCAAUUAACGCCAUGCCUACAAUCAUCGCGCUGGACGUGUCGCUGUCGAUGUCGCGCCCCAUUCUGAACCAACCAUCGAGCACCGGUGGAUCUGGUGGCAGUAGUACAGAACCGGAGAAUGUGUUGACCUACCACCAACUAGCAGUGGAGGGCAUAAAUUACAUAUUGGAUUAUCUCACCAAACAUGCCCGUUUGGAGUAUGUAUCGCUGAUCGUCUAUUCUUCGCUGUACGAGGUGGUGGUGGAUUUCACGCGCGACUACGAAUCGAUCCGGCACGCGCUGCACAAGAUCGAGCACUAUGACAAGACCUGUCUGGAGAAUGUUCUGGUGGCGGUUAACAAUGCGUUUAAGGCACACUGGGGCAGCCAGAACUACUGUCAAAUCAUCUUCGUCACGGACUGUGGCGUUGGAAUGGGGCCAAGUUCACUGAAGAAUACGAUCAUCAACUUACAAACGUACAAGGCGGCUUGUGUGGCGGCCGCCGCCGCUGCUGCAUCCGCUUCGUCUGAUGGCUCAAAAACAGCCGCGUCGCUCGGUACUAGUAGCAACGGUGCGGCCAUUCCGACACCUUCCGAAAACCAGUGGGUCGGAUUUUCCUACCCGAGCAAGGUGUCGUUUAUGUGUCUUGGUAGCCUGUCAACGGAUUCUGCCUUUCGAUGUGGCACCAAGCUCUAUCUGCAGCUGUUGGAAGUAAGCGGCCAAAAGGGGCAGCUGUUUAUACCACGCCUGAAGAUAAAACAUGAAGAAGCGACCAGGGAGGAAUCGUCCCCAAGCACCACCGGUGAUGAUAGCGAGGAUGGUAUGAGACAAUUGACGCGAUCGUCUGCUUUGGAAUGCUUUGCCACAAUGUGCGAUGUUAACUAUCGACAGUUUGAGGCAACACUGCGCUGUGGUGGAUAUUUUCGGCUGGAGGAACCAGUCACGGUUUGGCCAGCACCGCUGCCGUAUACUGCGCGUGAUGUGUUGGGUGCUGAGACGACCAAGCUCAUGUCACGCCGGCUGGAGGUUUGUGGUUUUAUCCGAAUGUCGGACAUUGGUUCUCCGAUGUCUGUUAGCAGGCAUUUGAUACUACCUCGCAGUCCUGCAGCUGGUGUCGUCGAACGUGAAAAUGACAGUGGGAAAGCAUCCACUAACGCAGGGUUGAAAAACGGACAUGGCCACUCUUCCGCCGAAGAGCGGCUUGAAGCCGAUAUUAAAGCGUUCUACGCCAAAUCGGACGCCGGUGAGCAUCAUCAACACGACGAUCACACACCGGACGGUGGUGCGGAUGUUAACAAAGAGUCCGUCUGUGUGCUUCUGCACGGUUCGCUUAAGGUAGAGAACAUGGCCGCCCUGGUGCUUGUGGGUGAUAAUUGGUACGGGUUCAUCUACUCCUACGCAGAUGGUAAGAAGAAAUGGAACCUCAUGCUGAACGUGCUUCCGCCCGGGAGUGACGUAGUACCGUGGUUGGGCGAUCUACGCUAUCUCGGCACAAUGGAAGACGCUUUCCAAGGUGAAAAUCCGUCGUUCCCGAUAAAGGCAGACAAGCGCAGCUACUCGCAAACGAUCGUCGUCUGGAUCCGGCACGCAAGCCUACAGUCCGACAUACAGAAGGUGUUGAGGCAUGCGAAAAAAUUGCCCGAAAAGACGCAACACUUCUACAAGGAACUGAACCGUAUCCGGCGGGCGGCACUUUCGCUCGGUUUUGUCGAACUGCUCGAAGGAUUGGCACACAUUUUCGAUCGCGAGAUUAGUACGCUGCCAAUGAACGCGUCGCCGGACUGUUCCAUGCAGCUGACCCAUGCAGCCAUCGAAUUGCGGAAGACAAACAACCGCGAUCUGAAGUCCGUUAUUCACGCCCUGCCCACACAAUACAAUCAGCUCGGAUAG